AUGCGAGCGAGCCCGCCCGCUGACGUCAUCGCCCCGCCCCCUCCGAGCGCGCGCCUCGGUUCCCGCCCCGCCCCCUUUCCCGACGUGUUCCGCGAGAACUCGGACAAGAUCAACCUCUUUGACUUCAGCCCCAAUGGGGAGACCGUCAUCUCCAGCAGCGACGAUGACUCCAUCGUGCUCUAUGACUGCCAGGAGGGCAAACCAAAGAGAACCCUGUACAGUAAGAAAUACGGUGUGGACCUCAUCAGAUACACUCAUGCAGCCAACACGGUCGUUUACAGCUCUAACAAAAUAGACGACACUAUCCGUUACUUGUCGUUGCAUGACAACAAAUACAUCAGAUAUUUCCCUGGACACAGCAAAAGGGUGGUGGCCUUGUCCAUGUCACCUGUGGAUGACACUUUCAUUUCUGGGUCUCUUGAUAAGACCAUUCGACUCUGGGAUCUCCGGUCUCCUAACUGCCAGGGCCUCAUGCAUCUACAGGGCAAACCAGUUUGCUCCUUUGAUCCAGAAGGGUUAAUUUUUGCCGCAGGUGUCAACUCAGAAAUGGUCAAACUUUAUGACCUUCGUUCUUUUGAUAAGGGACCGUUUGCAACCUUUAAGAUGCAGUAUGAUCGGACUUGUGAGUGGACAGGACUUAAGUUCAGCAAUGAUGGCAAACUCAUACUCAUUUCCACCAACGGCAGCUUCAUCCGUCUUAUUGAUGCUUUCAAGGGUGUGGUGAUGCACACAUUUGGGGGUUAUGCUAACAGCAAAGCUGUUACACUCGAAGCUUCAUUUACUCCAGAUUCACAGUUUAUUAUGAUUGGUUCAGAAGAUGGCAAGAUCCACGUCUGGAAUGGAGAGAGUGGUAUAAAAGUAGCUGUAUUGGAUGGUAAACACACGGGUCCCAUUACCUGUUUGCAGUUCAACCCCAAGUUCAUGACCUUUGCCAGCGCCUGUUCUAACAUGGCCUUCUGGUUGCCCACCAUUGAUGACUGAUCCUGACACUGCUCGGCUAUUUGUACAGUGAGGGCGUCCAACAGGAACAAGUCAGACAGAGGUGACUGAGAUGACAGUGGGAUUGACUGGAUCAUUUGACUGGACUGGAGAACAUCUUUCCACAUGGCCUUCCCAGGGAUGUGCUGUCCAUCUGCCCUAAAGAAAUACUUCGCUGAGCGCCUUCCAAAGGACUCAUGGUGCUGCAGAUUCAGUUGGCACUCAGCCUUUCCAGCUCUCAGCGCACCAAGCUCUUCAGAGGGUGACUGCUUAUGAUUAGGUUACAGUGGGGCCCUUGAGCCCCUUCAAUGUUGAAUAUAGUUGCUGCUGAAGAGCCGGUGACGUCACCAAUUGCCGCACAUCCUUCUCCCACCCCAGAAAUGCAUGGGAAGCCACAGUUCUGGUUUUGAGAUGCUAGGGCAGCUCAGCACCUCUUGCCCUCACCCUGCAUGUCUUGUUACUGGGUCUCCCUGUGUAAUUGUGGCAUUAUUCCACAACCAUCAUGUUUCUUAGGUGCCAAACAUUUACAAAAAUAAGUCUUCAUAUACCUUGGGGUCAAAGAAAGGGACAAAGAGAGAAGGACCUUGUUUGUCAGGAGGCUUUACAGUAUUCCUGUGUUGGUGGGUGGGGCAGGUCGUGGGCUUGGAUGUUGGCUAGCAAACAAGGCCCAAGCGUCUGAAAGGGAGGGAAGGGAGUAGCAGGUAAAUUCUGAGAGCUGAAAGGUUUAACAGCCUGGUGCAAUUCCCCCAUCAAGACAGCCCCACAGUCUUCGUGGGGAUCCUACCGAGCUUGGCUUGUACAAAAGCAAGGUAGUAGUUUAUUUUUGUACCUGAGUCACAUCACGUUUUCCUGUGGGCCAGUAUUGUGGAAUGAGUCUGAGUUGUUUACACUGAUGCCUUCCUUCCCUGCCCACCGCGAAUUGUGUACAUAGUCAGCAGAUGAUACCCCUCUUCCCCAGCUCUUCCCCAAGAGCUGGCUCUAGGCCUGUGUUAUAUGUUAUAUUUAGCCUUUUUAUAUAUGACCCUUGAUCUGUUUGUAUUUGAGCACAGUGUGUGUGUCCAAUUAAAUUCUCUCUCAUCUAGUUUAUCAAGAAUUCAGCAGGAGAGGGAACCCUGCAGCUGAGAAAGACUCUUUGUGGGUAGUGUUAGCCACAAGUGUUAGUCUUCUCUGUUAACCUUCGGGAGACAACGUGAAGCAGAGCUUCUAGUGUUUGCUGUUUUCAUGGCAGCUAAGUAAGAGCCUUGGGAUGACAACUCCCUUGUGCUCUUCAAGCCACACUUCGGGGCCCUCUCUACAGUAUUAGAAUCUUUUUUUGCCUGAUUAUGCUCUGUCUACACCGGUGUAUGUGUGACAGUCCCUUCUGCAUGGCUUCUGUGCCUGGCUUGUGACAUUGGGGACAGGGUGCUAGAACCAGUGUUUUAGUUUGUCAGGACUCCUCCUCCCCUGUCGUGUCAGCAUCCUUGCCCUUUUCCUUGCUUUCUCCUGAGAGAAGGCUAGGACCAGACUGAGAAGGCUGCAGCUGACCUUUUCUUCCCAGUAUGGCCACCUCAGAGGAGAACAAAUGGUAGUCAGACAUUUACAUAAGCAAGCAGUACCCCUGCAGCUCCAGGAAUCAAGACCCAACAGGCUGAUUGGCCCAUGAGUACCCAGCCGCGAGGGCGUCGGUCAGGCCACCACUGCUUCUGUUCAGAAGCAGGCAUGGGCUUCGCAUCGCUAGUGCUAUUUUUUAAGCAAUUACUGUUUGACUUGUUAUUCCAACUGAAAAGGUGGCCACCUUCACUGAAGUCUCUUAAGUGUUGCUGAGCAGUCCUGCCUUCCCAGAGGGGACAGACUAUAGGAACCAGGUGAUUGGAGAUGUUACUGCCUACCUUCAGGAUCUAAGAGUCCACGUUUGGAGGAACUGUUGAGCAAAGGUCUGUAACUCUGGACUAGUAAGGCUGCAUAACCUGAAAGUAGAGCGGCUUGCCUAGUCACAGAGAAACUAAGUUCAUGAGUGUCCAAAGCUGAGGCACCAUGCUCUUGGAAGACAUACUGCCUCACAGCCUCUGCUGGGCCCUGUGGCAGCAGAGCUGAGUUCUGGAUUGGGAGGGAAAGAUUCAGCUGGAACUUAGGAUUCUGUAUGUGGUCACAGGGUAAGCAAGAGGGAGAAAGCAAUGGCAGUCUGGGGGUGUGUCCCUGGGAUGUCCUCACUGUCCUCUGAAUGUCAGCCAGAGCCACUGCUCUGUGUGACAGCUGACACUGCACUGUUCAACCACCAGCCACUGGGGUUUUUUUAAUGAAUUAGUCCCCGUUGUAACUGACAACUACUGCUUAUGAAGGAAAACUGGGGGAUUUUUAAGAACCAAUUUGCCACCCAAAUGGUACCACUGUUAAUUUUGAUGUUAAAUGUUCCUCUAGAUAUCUCUGUGCAUAGACUUUGGUGUGUUUACAUAGUUGUUAUCCUACUGUACAUACAAUUUUAUGUCCCUUUUGUACUUAACAUAAACUUUUUUUUUUUUUUUGCCAUGUUACCAGUCUUAAACAGAAUUUUAUGGCUUACAGUCUC